AUGUGUUUAAAAAGUAAAAAACUUAUUUCAAAAUGUCGAAGUUCCACAUCAUAUGGAGAAAAAAACUUAACAGCAAAAAAUUCAACCAGUUAUUGCGUUACAUCUGAGCUUGUUCAUAAUAUUGAAGAUGUCGUGGUUGGAGAUUCUCAAGAUUUUGAAGAAUCCGAUGAAGAUAUGGCCAUAAAACGAACAAUCAGAGUUGAUUUAAUUGUAGCCGAGGAUAAUGUCAUAGAACUAAAACCAAAAAGUCGAAAAUGUCUGUUUAGAAGUGAACCAAAUUCAGAGUAUUUCAAUGUUUACACCAAAGAUUUAUGUAAAAUUGAUUGUCGAAUUAAACGUUCGUUGAUGUUUUGUAAAUGUGUACCAUUUUUCUACGCUAUUCCUAAUGUUGAAACUUGUGACAUAAAAGGAAUGAUUUGUCUAUCUGAAUCCCAAUGGUACAACACGAGCUCAUGUGAAUGUCCAAACUUAUGCGAAGAAGUGAUUUAUACCAGAAUUUCUACCGAAAAAGAUAAUACGGGACCAUCCUUUUCUGGUGUUACAAUUUUUCUACAGUUUUCUAAAACACGAAUUAUACGAUCAGUUUUAUUCAACUUCAAUGAUUUACUCGUUGGACUUGGAGGAUGUGUGUCAUUCUUUCUUGGCUUUAGCUUCCUGACUGGUGUUGAAUUAUUCUAUUCAACUUUUGAAUGCGUGAUUGAAUUUAUCAUCAACAUUUUUCAAUCACGCAAGCGUAACAUUUCUUCUUAUUAAUUUGGAGAAGACUUGCACACAAAAUAUUAUGAGAAACUCUUGAGAAAUUUGUGAGAAUAUUCGUGUUAACUUUCCUUGCGGAGAUCAUGUUUGGAGCAUUAUUUUGAUAUCGCGACACUCAACGGAUUAUUCUUGAAUGUUGAUGUUAUGACACUUGCAUUUUUAUGAUAUUUCUUGAAUCACUCUUACACAUGUGCUCUUUGACAUUACUAA